AUGACUGCAUCAUCGCUGCUGGCUGCCCUCGUGGUGGUGACCUGCGCUGCUCUUUUGCCAUUCUCUGCUGCUCAAACCAGUUGCAGUGGUCGAUGUGGUGACCCAUUCGCUCGUGGUCAGCCCUGCCAGUGUGACGCCAGCUGCCUCACUCACGACGAAUGCUGCAAGGACUUUGAGGCUCUCUGCACUUUCGGUGAGUCGUGCAGUGGUAGGUGUGGUGAAUCGUUCAGACGAGGCAGGCUUUGUGAGUGUGACCCAGGCUGUGUCCGCUACGACACCUGUUGCCGUGACUACCAGAACCACUGUGACCAGAGCCAGACCAUAUACCCUUCUCCAUCCGACCUCUUCCCUGAGACUCAGGACUAUGAUACCAACGGCCCUUACCCUGGAUCCAGCAGCCCGAAGAGCCAGAGGGACUAUUCUCGUUUCUCUGAGGACCCAGCUUCCCCUUUGAGCCCUGACUUCUACCCUCUGACUGACAGCUUCAAUGUUCCCAGCUCCACCGCCCCAGAUACUGUCAUGGAUGCUGAUGCAUUGUGUAGUAGUUUGUAUGCCAGCUUGUGUUUGUUUGUAUGUACGUGUUCUAACAUCCUUCAUCUUACCUCAUGUGAAGCUCUGAGUGAUUCAGCCACCAGUCUCUUGGAGGGCAUCUCCCUCCUCCUCCCUACACCCAUGGCCACCACUCCCUUGGCCCUGUCUUCCUUCACUGGUCAGCUACCUGGAUCUGCUAACUUCCCAUCCACUGGCUUGCCUAUGCCCAGCCAGGGUGGAGCCUCAGCAGAUAAUGCUGGCCCCCUGGCCCUGUUGUCUGGACCUCCCCUGCUCCCUACUCUGGCAGAUAUCGCCAAGGCCUUGGGACUAAAGAACCCCAUCACUCUGGCAGACAUAGCCAAGGCCAUGGGCCUCAACACUCCUAAUGACCCAAUCACUUUGGCAAACAUAGCCAAGGCCUUGGGGUUCAACAACCCCAACGAUCCUAAACCUCCCCAAAACCCCAAGAACUCCAUCCUUCUGGCAGACAUAGCCAAAGCCAUGGGGCUUAACUCCCCCAAUGACCCAAUCACUUUGGCAAACAUAGCCAAGGCCUUGGGGUUCAAGAGCCCCAAUGACCCUAAACCCCAGCAAAACCCCAGCUCUCUGGCAGACAUAGCCAAGGCCUUGGGGCUCAACUCCCCCAAGGACCCCAUCACAUUGGCAAACAUAGCGAAGGCCUUGGGGUUCAACAACUCCAAUGACUCUAAACCUCCCCAAAACCCCAACAACCCCAUAACUCUGGUAGACAUAGCCAAGGCCUUGGGGCUCAAUAGCCCCAACGACCCCAUCACUUUGGCAAACAUAGCCAAGGCCUUGGGAUUCAACGACCCCAAUGCUCCUAAACCCCCCCAAUACCCCAGCUCUCUGGCAGACAUAGCCAAGGCAUUAGGGUACAACAACAUCGACCCCAUUACUUUGGCAGACAUAGCCAAGGCCUUAGGGCUCAAAAAAGAAAACAACCCCUUCACUCUGGCAGACAUAGCCAAGGCCUUAGGGCUCAAAAACCUCAAAGACCCCAUUACUUUGGCAAACAUAGCCAAGGCCUUGGGGCUCAAAGACCCCAGCACUCUGGCAGACAUAGCCAAGGCCUUAGGGUUCAACAACCCCAAUGACCCCAAACCCCCCCAAAACCCCAGCUAUCUGUCAAACAUAGCUAAGGCCUUAGGGCUCAACAGCCCCAACGACCCAAUCACUUUGGCAAACAUAGCCAGGGUCUUGGGGCUGGACGACCCCAACAAACCCAUCACUCUGGCAGACAUAGCCAAGGCCUUGGGGCUCAAUGCUUCCAGCAAAUUGGCAGACAUAGCCAAGGCCUUGGGGGUCAAGAACAUCAACAAACCCAUCACUCUGGAAGACAUAGCCAAGAUCUUGGGAUUCAAAAACCCCAAAGAUCCAAACACUCUCCAAAAUCCCAACACUCUGGCAGAUGUAGCCACGGCCUUGGGGCUCAGUGACCCCAAUAAACCCAUCACUCUGGCAGACAUAGCCACGGCUUUUGGACUUAAUGACCCCAGCACUCUGGCAGACAUAGCCAAGGCCUUGGGGGUCAAGAACCCCAAUGACCCUAAAAGAACUAACACUCUGGAAUACAUAGCCAAGGCCUUGGGGCUCAACGACCCUAACAAACCCAUCACUCUGGCAGACAUAGCCAAGGCCUUGGGGGUCAACAACCCCAAUGACCCUAAACCCCUCCAAAACCCCAACAAACCUAUCACUCUGGCAGACAUAGCCAAGGCCUUGGGGCUCAAAAACCCCAACAACCUCUUUACCCUGGCUGACAUAGCCAAGGCUUUAGGGCUCAAAACCCCCAAAGACCCCAUCUCUUUAGCAAACAUAGCCAAGGCCUUGGGGCUCAAAGACCCCAGCACUCUGGCAGACAUAGCCAAGGCCUUAGGGUUCAACAACCCCAACGACCUUAACCCCCCCCAGAACCCCAGCUAUCUGGCAGACAUAGCUAAUGCCUUAGGGCUCAACAGCCCCAAUGACCCAAUUACUUUGGCAAACAUAGCCAGGGCCUUGGGGCUGAACGACCCAAACAAACCAAUUACUCUGGUAGACAUAGCCAAGGCUUUGGGUCUCAAUGACUUCAGCACUUUGGCAGACAUAGCCAAGCCCUUGGGGGUUAAGAACCCCAACAAACCCAUCACUCUGGCAGAUAUAGCCAAGGUUUUGGGAUUCAAAAACCCCAACGACCCUAAAACCCCCGGAAACCCCAACACUCUUGCAGACGUAGCCACGGCCUUGGGGCUCAACGACCCCUACAAACCUAUCACUCUGGCAGACAUAGCCACAGCUUUGGGAUUCAAUGACCCCAGCACUCUGGCAGACAUAGCCAAGGCCUUGGGGGUCAAAAACCCCAAUGACCCUAAAAUACCCAACAACCCCAACACUCUGGCAGACAUAGCCAAUGCCUUGGGGCUCAACGACCCCAACAAACCCAUCACUCUGGCAGACAUAGCCAAGGCUUUGGGACUCAAAGACCCCAGCACUACGGCAGAAAUAACCAAGUCCUCGGGCUACAACAACCCCAACACAGGUCUACCAGAUGCCGACAGUAACCCAGACCUCUGCAGUGACUUGCCCCUCAACGGAUUGACCACUCUGGCCAACGGCACCAUUCUCAUCUUCAAGGGUCAUUUCUUCUGGACCAUAGAUCCCAUCACCAAGGACCAUGGGCCAGCUCACAACAUCAGAGAGGAGCUGGGCAUCCCCUCCCCCAUCGACAGUGCCUUCACCCGCACCAACUGCCAGGGAAAGAGCUAUAUCAUCAAGGGUGAUGACUACUGGAGGAUGGACAAUGGCAACAUGGAGCCUGGUUACCCCAAAUCUGUUGCCUCUGGUUUUCAUGGUCUGACUGGCACCAUCACUGCAGCCCUGCCUGUGCCUGCUACCAGGAGGAGGCCUGAGUCUGUCUACUUCUUCAAGAAAGGAGGCACCAUGCAGAAAUACUCAUACCAUGCUGGAAGUAGCACUGUCUGUGGCAAGAAAUCCAAGCCCAGCGCAAAGAAACGCCACGCUCGCCAAACAGAGAUGAGUCUGGGAGCCGAGAUCAACAUCAAGCUGGCUCUGAAAGGCUUUCCCUCGUCAGUGACCUCAGCGGUGUCUGUCCCCAGCCCCAAGAAGGCCGACGGAUACGACUACUUCCUCUUCGCUGGACCUCUGUACUUCAACAUCAAGAUCUCUGGUGAUCUGCCUGCUCUGGCCAAACCAGACAAUGCUGAUCCCCGCCAAAACUCCAUCAAGAAGUGGCUCAAGUGUAUCUAGAGCAUUCCCUAUGGAUGGACCAACAACGCACAGAGCACACCUAUGGCAACCAUUUUCUUUCUUUUUUUCCAUAUUAGGAAAACCAAAGCAACAGAACAAUUAUUCUUCUUGAAAAUAAAUUAAUAAAAAUGUACACUUUUAAAGCACAUGGUAUCUGCUGAUACAAAAUUGGGAAGAAAGAAUCUAACCAUUGCUCUCUCUCUCUCUUACGAUCACAAAUUGGUAGGAUUUAUUUUAUUAGACUAAGACACUAUGAUUGAGACUUGGGAGUAAGGGAAUGGAGCAGUCCAUGAUGACAUCAUUAGCGGGGUAGGUUUCCUCUACCGAAAGGGAGUCUUCAAGCCCAUACCUUGAAUGGAAGGGGUGAGAAGAGAAGAGCCAUUAGACAUCAUCCAAAAUUGCCACUUCAAGAAGUUUAUAACUCUCCAUUGUGUUUCUUAAGCUCGGCUCACUAGAGCUUCUUUGAAUGUUGUUUUGAUGUGCAUUGAAAUAGCUACCUCUCUGAACUCAAACAUCAGCUAAAACGUUUGACAAGACAUCACGUUAAGACCACACCAGGGGGGUUUAAAUAUCUCUUGCAUGACCGCAACCCUGCUCCAACCAUCCUUGUGUCACAUGUAAUCCGACAUGCCAAACAAAAGUAUACAAUGUGUCCUUUGUGUCGCUUACUUUCUCUGGC